GUGAGGACGAGGUUCAUCAGUGACGGAUCAUGUUGCAAAUCAAUAUGUGUCGGUUUUGUGAUACAUUGUACUAGUGCACACUGAAUACCAGUUGAUAAAAUGUCGCUAUCGAAACCACUACCUGGAACUGUAAGCUCUAUCCAGUUGAUAUGCUGUGCGUUGAAGUCUCCAAUGAUGAGACAACAUCCUGCCAUACUCCAAGAACAGAUGUGUCUUAAGAAAAGUCAUCAGCAAGGCAACACGGACUACAGUUUAUUCCCCCUAUAGUCACCAACCCGUUUCUAGAUUUAUCCUUACAACAUGCUCCCUCACGUGUACCGCUAACAUGAGCCUCCGAUAUGAUUGACUGUAUGCGAAAGUGAUCCCUAACGUAUAACAUUAUGCCUCCCCUUGCGACUUAAAACUCUAUCACUUCUAAUACAGAUAUAGCCUACAAUGAUGGGAGAACAGUCUAUAUCCUAAAAUAGAGCCUUUGACGGUCACCCGGCUCACUCGAGGAAAGGAUUCUAAGCAUCUAAAUCACCCGAGGCUUCUCCGAGUAACACUUAAGAAUGCUACCGACGUAGAGGACGUCUUGCUAGCAAGUCACUUGCUGAAAUCAGAUGGUAACGUAAGAAUAUUGCCCGACAUACCGUACUCUGAGCGCAAUAUCAUACGAAACGUCCCUAAAGAAUCUCGCGAGAAGUUUUUCCGCUGAAGAAACAUAAUUGUCCAAGGUAUACCGGAAAAUGCAGACCCUACUCAAUCAAAUUCUGACAUCAGGGAAUGGAAAUUCAUCAAACAGUCCUUGAGGCUCAAACACAUACUGACUCAGCAUGUGACGAGACUAGCCAAGAAGGACGGUGAUCUUAGACCCCGUCUAAUGAAGAUAACCUUCCCAUCUUCCCACAUGGCGGCUGCAGUUCUGGAAGCACUUCGUGCUAAUAGACAUCGAUUGCCACCUGGAAUCCACAUGCACCCGGAUAGGCCAUACGAAGUUAGGACCAAGAACAAAGGCAAGUUGGAGCUGACCAUUCCACUUGUGGACUGUCUAAACGAUAAAAAACGUGUAAAGGACAGGGCCUACCACCUCGGCAAACCUCACAUAGGUGAGCUACCUGUCCAUUCACAUAAGGUUCAUACAGAAAAACAGGACGAAGCUCACGCGUUCCAAAUUGAAAGCAUAAACUGCUUAUAUAUGAACGCCGCGAGUCUACCAAACAAACUGGAUGAACUACGUGAACUUAGCAACGCUAAUAAGGCCCAUCUGAUAGGAAUAUCUGCAACCUGGAUAUCUUCUCAGUUCUCGGACCAAGAGUUAGCAUUACCUGGGAUGACUUUGUUCCGCAACGACAGAAAAACAGGAAUUGGGGGCGGAGUAGCCAUAUACAUAAGCUCUUGCUUGGAGGUGCACCAGAUUCACAACCUCGAGUUUAACAAUCUUGAGGAAUCCAUAUGGUGCUCUGUAAGAUUGUCUAGUACUUCGAGGUGUCUAGUCGGAGUCAUUUACAUGAAGCCAACUGCCGACACCGAGUACGAUAGUCGUAUGCUGGAAGGACUAUCCCGCUCUACCCGUUUCGGUUUCACACACAUCCUGAUUCUAGGGGACUUUAAUCUCCCUAGAGUCAACUUCGCGGAACACACGUACACUGGAGGUGACAACUCAACUGAAGCUCGGUUCUUCAACCUCAUCGAUAACUUGGGCUUAUAUGAAAAUGUGAGGUCGGCAACUCGUUGGAGAAACAGUCAGACACCAUCGCGCUUAGACUGUGUAUUCACUAACGAAGAAUUCCUAGUCGACAACCUCUCAAUCCUGGCUCCUCUGGGAAAGGGCGACCAUGCCGUCAUAGCCUUCAGUUUUGUCAUCAAAACUAAGCUAAGGUAUCCCAACAAUAAUUUGCGUUGGAAUUUUAAACGGCUGAAUGUGCCAGCUCUACAUGACUAUCUACAACAGGUGGUUUGAGAUGUUCACCCUCAACUCGAUGUGGAUGGUCAUUGGGACUUCUUACUGCACACGCUCUUAUGUGCUACUGACCAUUCAGUUCUUCAAACGGUUUCCAAAAGCUGCAAGCCACCUACAGUAAUCAAAAACCGUACCCUUCGCCUGCUAAGCCGCAAAAGGUACUGUUGGGCGGAAUACAAACAAACUAAUAAUGAUGGAGCGUAUAGGCAAUAUAAACAUAUCAGGAACAUAUGCACGAAGGCUAUAAGAGAAGACAGGCUUCAGUACCAAACAAAGCUUAUGGACAAAUUCGCCUCUAACCCUAGAAGCCUAUUCCGUUAGGCAGCCUCUCUUCGUCAAGCCAAAACAGGAGUUUCUCAACUGCUAGGUCUUAACGGCCCGACCAACAACGAUGGCGACGCCGCUAACCUUCUGGCGGUGUAGAAUUAUGGUCUACCAUGAUAUUAGUACUGCUCUAACAAUAGACCUAAUCCUAAAAUUGUAGAUUUGUCAUGAUAUAACUGCCUAAUCUAUAAGAUCUUACGUGGAAGUCACAUCAUCGACUACACCAACUCACCGUAUCGUAACAACUACCAAUACAUGAUGAAGAACAAGCUUAGGCUAGAGAAAGAACAAUAUAUUCAAUAUGAAUAGGAGAUAUAAGAUAACAGCCAGCAGGGACCACGCCUGCAUGGCCGAGCCAUGUCACUCGAUCAACUCCCGUCCAUUCAAUUCAUUGUUCGCGCCUUCUCCAUUGUUAGGUAUUUAUCCGCGUUAAAUAUUGAAUAUCUAUUUUCUGAGUAGUCUCGUGUUCAGCUUUGUGGAUUGUGCGGUUAUUGUUCAAUGCCACUACACUACUCUCCCACCAGAAUCAACGUGAUGUUGGUUCGAUACCGAAUUGGAUGGGAUCGUCGUGCGUUGAAGGUUACCAAGACUAGGAAGAAUCCUCCGGGUAUUGGUAAGCUGAAAGAUAAAUCAAAUAGAAAGCGGCAGCAUCUGGUCGGGAAAUACAUGUAAUAAUUUUAAAAUAUCUGCCUUCAUGCUUAAAACGCUUGAAAUGAAAAUUUGGGUGAAGAUUAUUUCAGCUAUAAAAAAUGGGGUUACAAUAAUAAUAAUAAAACGAUGCGUGUUAAUAGCCGUUGGUUAAUAACAUAACGUAUAGGUAGUAAGUAUUUUGUGUUUAGAAAUAUUAAAGUGAUGAAUAUUGUAGAAAUUUUAAUAUUGGUAUUAGUUUUGGUUUAAAUUAUGAAAUCAAAUAACGAUUAUGCCGGUAAGUUGUCCAUAUGAGUUGAAUUCCAAUUGCAUCUGUAUUAGUAGGCUAGCUGAAGGAACAAAAGUAUACCGUGGAGAAGAAUUCCAACUAGUGUUCCAGUUAGUUUGAUACGGUUUAUUUAGUUACCCCGACCGUUGUUGCUACUUUGACGUGGUGGUCGGGCUUGCCUAUCGUGAUGAAGCAACCGAGCUAUACUAGCUGGAACAACCGUUCCUCAAGGUCCUACCAUGUCAGACAGGUCGGUUGAAGAGCGGUAAGACUAAAAGCAACAAACCCAAGGUCCGAAGGUGAAGUCGUACUGCUGACUGUACAGAGGUGUGACAGCAGUAAGGUGUUUCCUUCAGACAACCAGCAUGACAGCGAUGCUGCCCUCCCACAAGGAGGGGUGGGGUUAGAAAAGGUCGACCCUAAAAAUGAACACCUCGCCUUAUCACACGGAUAUCCGUCUCCGGCGGUAAGGUCUCAAUAAGUACGGAGCUAACACAAAAAUUACCCAUAACAAGGUCGUGUGUGACCGACCUCAAGCAGUUGUCCCUUGGGCACUGCGGUCACGCUCUCAGGUCACUGAGACCACCUUUAAUCCAAAUUCCUUUUCAGGUAAAUCCAGAAGAACCCUUCCACGGUGUGGGCAACCGGGAAGUGAAAACCGCCCUCAUACCUCUAACAGCACUCAAGACCACUGUAUUCAUAAUCAACCUCCCUCUUCAAUUCCUAUUAUUCCUCCUACAUCGACUUUCAACUUUAAAUUUCCUCUCUCGGCUUCCACCUCAAGUGUCACCAUAGCCAACGAUUCUAGUGCGCAAAUUACUGUCCCAGGUCUACUGAAACCUCGCUCCAAACUACACAUUGGAGCCUUCAACGUACGCACCCUAUGUCAAAUCGGUCAGCAGGCUUCCUUGGCUAAAACCCUAGAGUCUCUUACCAUUGACGUGUGCUGUGUCUCCGAAACACGCAUACAGGAUUCCAAUGUGGUCAUUCACUUGACCUCACCUCGGCAAAACGGAGAGCCAACGAGGUACACCCUUCGUGUAUCUGGUGACCCGAUGGCAAGUUCUCGUGGACUGGCAGGUGAAGGCAUAACACUAAGCAUGAGGGCCGAACAAGCACUGCUAGAGUGGAUCCCCGUCAACAGUCGUCUAUGUGCUGUUCGGCUGAACGGCUACGUAAGAACUCGGAAGGAUAGGGACACAUGUCGUUGCCUUUUUACGUCGUUUCUGCCUACGCUCAUAUAUUUUGUAUGCAAAGUGAAUGUAAAGAACAGAGCAAAAUGACGCGAGGAAGAUGGCAAGCUCCGUUUUAAUUAAGACUCAGUAUUUAUAGGCAGACAAAAUAAACUACAGACAUGUGAUGAAUCAUGGAUAUGAAAUGUACACACAUAUACGCUCAUGUGAAAAUAGUCAAGGCUAAUAAGCGAAUAAUUGACAAGGUCAAAAUAUGGCUCAUGUAAAAUGAAUAAAAUAGGAUGUCCGGAAGUUAGAAUAAAGGUAUAUGGGCUUGCCAUAAUAACUGACACUACAAGAUGAUGUGAAAGAUGAAUUUUACAGAAAGCUGUCCGAACUUCUUCAGAAAGCUAAACGCUCAGACAUAGUACUCAUAGGAGGUGAUUUUAAUGCUCAGAUAGGUAGCUUAAACCAAACAGAAAGGCAUUUAGGUGGAUAUUUUAGCAUUCCGGCACAGCGAACAGAUAAUGGUGAUCGUCUGCUGCAACUGUGUUCAGACAAUCGCUUAUUUUUAGCAAACACAAAUUUUAAGCAUAAGGUGAGACAUCGUCUAACAUGGCGACCGCCUGCACCAAACCAACGAUGGACUCAAAUAGACCAUAUUGCCAUCAGUCAUCGUUGGAGAGGGCCGGUAGAAGAUUGUCGCUCAUUCUGGAGUACCUGCUUGGACUCCGACCAUGCCCUAAUACGGGCACGCAUCUGCUUGCGCCUCACUGGACGCAAAAAAGCCACAGUAAAAAGACCCAUUAGAACCGAACUGAGUAGCGAGGAAACCAAAAGUAGGUUCCAGGAACAACUGAGGUCACGAUUAGGUUGUUCUGAAGACGAGGCUGACCCAGAUGUUGCUUGGAAUGAAAUACAGGCAGCUGUGGAAACAGCAGUGACAUCUAUUAGUGACUUAAACCACAGAGUUGCAAGGAACCAGUGGAUUUCUUCAAGGUCUGUCACACUGAUGGAUUCUCGCAAACUCGUCCCAUCAGGUUCUGAACAUGAUGAAGAGCGAAAACAAAUCAGAUCUAGGUUAAGAAAAAGCCUAAGAAACGACCGUGAGCAGUGGUGGGCAAUGAAAGCAAAAGAGAUGGAAAAGGCGGCGACUAUAGGGAACACAAGACAGCUUUACAGACUAAUAGAAGAAACUGGAAUUAAUAAGUCAAGUGUGAGAUAAUAUCGGAAAAAGACGAUACACUCAUCUGCUCCAAGUCCAGGCGUCUAGAACGAUGGGCCGAACACUUUAGGGAACAGUUCAGCUGACCUCCAGCUUUCCUACAACUACCCUCCAUUCCCAGACUGUGUGAAUGGAACAAUGAAGUAGGUCCCCCGACUCUUGCUGAAGUUCAAAAGGCUAUAGUUAAUCUGAAACGAGGAAGGGCAGCUGGUCCAGAUGGAUUGGCUCCAGAGGUCUUUAAGGAUGGUGGUCCAAUUUUAGCGAUUAGGUUGACUAAUAUUUUAGCUAAGAUCUGGGAAUUAGACUUUAUCACAUCUGACUGGUCGCAAUCACUUAUCGUCCCAAUAUAUAAGAAAGGGUCAAAAUCAUCCUGUGACAAUCACAGAGGGAUUAGUUUAACAAACAUAAUAUCUAAAAUACUGGCCUCGAUAAUUAUCAAACGCCUAACUAAGACUCGUGAACUACAAACUCGAGAGAACCAAGCUGGCUUUAGACCUGGUCGUGGCUGCAUCGACCACAUAUUCACCAUUCGUCAGGUUCUAGAACACAGGCAUACCUGUAGUGGCAUUGAACAAUAACCGCACAAUCCACAAAGCUGAACACGAGACUACUCAGAAAAUAGAUAUUCAAUAUUUAACGCGGAUAAAUACCUAACAAUGGAGAAGGCGCGAACAAUGAAUUGAAUGGACUGGAGUUGAUCAAGUGGCAUGGCUCGUCCAUGCAGGCGUGGUCCAUCUCAGUGUUACUUUAUAUCUUCUAUUCAUAUUAAAUAUAUUGUUCUUUCUCUAGCCUAACCUUGUUCUACAUCAUGUAUUGGUAAUUGAUACGAUACAGUGAGUUGGUGUAGUCGAUGGUACGACUUCCACGUAAGAUCUAAUAGAUUAGGCAGUUAUAUCAUGACAAAUCGACAAGUUUAGGAUUAGGUUUAUUAUUAGAGCAGUACUAAUAUCAUAGUACACCAUAAUUCAACAUACCUAUCGGCGUCCGACGAUGGUGGUAUUUCUUGACUUAAAAGCAGCAUUUGACUCGGUAGACCGCGAGACUCUGUGGCAGUGUCUGUCAUUGAAAGGCGUACCUCAGAAGUACAUAAACCUUGUGAAGGCUCUUUACUCGAACACUACUAGUCGAGUCAGAGCUUAUGGCGAACUGUCAUCUACUUUUGCAACUUCAAGUGGUGUCCGUCAAGGCUGUCCGCUUUCUCCAUUUUUGUUUAACUUCAUCAUAGACCUAUUGAUGGAAAUAACACUCUCGUCGACUGAAUUCUCGGGUAUUGAUCUCCUUCCAGGAGGUCCACUUAUCGACUUAGAAUACGCAGAUGACAUAGUCCUGUUUGGUGAAGACGCUGACAAAAUGCAGAGUCUUCUGGUAGCACUAAGCAACAAUGCCAGAAUGUUUGGGAUGCGCUUCUCUCCCUCUAAAUGCAAGUUGUUGCUUUAAUAACUGGUCUGCAUCAACACCUGAACUAAGGAUAGGGAGUCAAACGCGUUGACAACUUCACUUAUCUUGGAAGUCUGAUCAGCCCUAAUGGGUUGGUAUCGGACGAAAUCUCAGCACGGAUUCGAAAAGCUCGUUUGGCUCUUGCCAACUUACGUCACCUAUGGCGAAGGCGAGAUAUCCGUCUAUCAAUAAAAGGACGAGUAUACUGCGCGGCAGUUCGUUCUGUUUUAAUAUACGGCAGCGAAACAUGGCCCUUAAGAGUAGAAGACACCCGUAAGCUACUAGUAUUUGACCACAGAUGCCUUUGAAAUAUUGCUGGCAUCUGCUGGGAUCACCGGGUAAGUAAUAGUGAGGUUAGACGCAGGGUAUUAGGGAAUGAUGGUAAAUCAGUUGAUGAGGUUAUGAAUCUUCAUCGACUGAGGUGGUUUGGCCACGUGUGACGUAUGCCUGAACACCGAUUACCACGACAUGCAAUGCUAUCCGGUAUUGGAAAUGGUUGGAAGAAAGUUAAGGUCGGCCAAACCAAAACGUGGCAUCAGUGCUUGAAGUCACUAACUUCUAGUCUGAGCCAUGUUGGUAGAUGCAGACUACUUGGUUGGGGUCCACGUGACUUUCGUAAGCAAUGGUUGGAGACUCUUGGUGACAUGGCUCAGAAUCGAUCACAAUGGCGUCGGUGUAUACACUCCCUGUCUUCCCUUAAACUAAAAGAUUAAAAUCACUUCAUUCUUUCUGUCUACGAACUAAUUCUUUCUUCCUAUACUAUAUCCUUAUUGCAACCUUUGACCUAACCACUCCUAUGAAUCCGGUGUUCAUCUUGCUGUGCUAAUGAGGUAUGGCAACCUGGACCGAUGCAUACAUGUGCCUGGUCCUACGUUGUAGCUGACUGACUGACUGAAUUAUUUAGUUACGGGGAGAUUUUCUCAACCUCAUUUUUACUUGACCGUGAUAGAAUUUAGUAAUACUACUAAUACACAUGAAUGGUUAUCAAAAUAAAAUUUAAAUACAUGAGUGAUGAUUAUAUGAAUUUUGGACAGAUAGCUAGGAACAAAUCGUUAAACAUGAGUGUAUUCGUAAGAGACAUGCUCUAGACUCAAUGUUCUGAUCUGUGGCAGACUAUUUAUUUGUAUUUAUACUUGCCGGCUGAUUGGGCAUACAAGUUAGUUGCAAGUAUGCAGUUUAUUAUAAGGCGGAAUACGAUUUAAUUGAGAUAUAGUGAUUAUAAGUUAUUAAAAUCAGUUAAGCCUAUGGGUCAUAUUACGAAGUGAUGUGGUGCUGCAAGAUAUAUUUAGCUAAAUAAGUUUUUACAAGAUGAUUAAUAGUGAUUGAUGCUCAUGUGAUUAUCAGGGAGUACAUAAGUGGUAACCAAGGGGAGUACACUCCCAACUCAUGUCUAUGAUAAUGGCUUCAACCUUAGUCAGUGUUGGGGUAAAUUCGACAUUGAUGUUUUCAGUUUGCAGGAGAUUUGCUCGACUGCUUAUACUGAUUAUUUGCAUGCAUGAUUGUGUCGCUAAACCAUCAAUAAGGCUGACAAGGUUUUGAGAUAUUUACUGAAUGAGCAACUGAUAGAGAAACAUACUGUAAUCAUCUGUAGUGAAUGAAGAUAAAAGAAAAACAACACUAGUGAUAAUUAUAAGUCAAUUUGCUGACCAAUUUUACUAGUAGUUUCCUUAAUUUUAUCAAUCAUAUUACGUGAUUGUCAAGUUAUGACAAUGCUUUAUGACGAUAUCCUGAAACUAUUAAAUUUAACUAGUUAUAGUGUUGAUUGAGGAUUAGCCAGUGGAAAAAUAGGUAUUUUUGCUUUAGGUGAUUCGAAAUUAUUAGAAAUUUAUAACGUUAAAGAAUCUGAGACGCCUAAUUUAAUUAUAAAUUUUAAUUCAGAAAUAUUCGUUUAGUGUUAAUUCUAGUAGGCUACAGAGUUUUGAUUUUAAACGUUUGUUUGUCCAACAGCUACCUAGGGAUCUAGUUAUUUUACUAGUGCAGUUGAUAGUACCUAAAUUUUUAAUUUUAUUAUCUAAACUAUGUUCGCAUUUUAGGCUGGUAAUAUGAUAAACCAAUCCAUAAACCCAAAUACGAUUAGCAACAACGACUAUGAUGGGUUUACUGAUAAAUAUUAAAGACGAUUCAGAUUAUUUCUAAAUUUAGAAGACAUGAAGAUAUAGUGCAACGCGUGUGUGGAUCGGGUUAACAUGCAGGUUGUUGACGUAUAUGACAAUUUAAAAAUAAUGAACAUGACCAGGAAAAGUAAGUUUAGAGUCAAGACUGCUUAUGAAACUUCAAGCAGGAAUGUAACGCAUUAUAAACUUUCCAUAAGAAAUUCCUGCAUUUAGCCUAGCGACACUGACAAAUAUAUGGCACAAGCAAUUGGAAAACAUAUACAUGUUAAGUAUAAAAAAAUCACUAAGUAAAAUAGUUAAACUCGCCUUGAUUAUUUUUGAAAAUUAGAUUAUUCAGUGGACGACAUAUAUAACGCCAUUCGUGAGUAGUAAUGAUCCAAAAGCAUCCAGAAUAAAACAUGCAGUAUGGCAAUCACUUUCAGGGUGCUUGAUGCUGUUGAGGUUUUUGUCACUCGCUCGGAUCAGAACAAUCGAAAGAAUCCAGAUAAUUGUGUGGUUGUCAUUGAACGAGCCAUCUGAAACUCACCGUAUGUUUUUGCAGUAGCGUCAUCCUUGUUGUUUGGCAAUGGAACUCGAAAAUAUGAAAUUAGGCAGGCAGUGGUCGGAAGGAAAGAUAUUACAGGAUAGUGCAUAGUUUAAAACAGAAUGAGGUAUUAAGUGAGGAAACACUGAGAAUUAGAUCCAUAUAACUGUUUAUUCCUUGAUUGCAUUGUUAGUCAAUGUAUAUUUAGGUUGUUUACAGGUCAUAUUUGCUAGACCUUGAUGCUUAAACAAGUCUAUGUUGCUGAAGCAUGUAAAUGCUAUUAAGGCUUGUUGACGAAUCAUCGAAGCUAAUUAGUUUAUAUAGACGACCAGUUUUAAUUAUCGAUUGAACUAGUAUGUCAUGAGAACUAAUCAAUAUAACAUUACGAUAAUACAUGUGAGCAUCAAUCAGAGGACUAUCAGAAUACUGGGUUAACAUAAAUAUAAAAUCGAUCGAGAAGGUUAAAAGUGAAAAUAAGGAUUAAUAAUAAGAGGUUGCGUUUCUUUAGUCGGGAUUACCAAUGUAGAAUUAUGGUCUAACAUGAUAUUAGUACUGCUCUAACAAUAGACCUAAUCCUAAAAUUGUAGAUUUGUCAUGAUAUAACUGCCUAAUCUAUAAGAUCUUACGUGGAAGUCACAUCAUCGACUACACCAACUCACCGUAUCGUAACAACUACCAAUACAUGAUGUAGAACAAGGUUAGGCUAGAGAAAGAACAAUAUAUUUAAUAUGAAUAGAAGAUAUAAAGUAACACUGAGAUGGACCACGCCUGCAUGGACGAGCCAUGCCACUUGAUCAACUCCAGUCCAUUCAAUUCAUUGUUCGCGCCUUCUCCAUUGUUAGGUAUUUAUCCGCGUUAAAUAUUGAAUAUCUAUUUUCUGAGUAGUCUCGUGUUCAGCUUUUUGGAUUGUGCGGUUAUUGUUCAAUGCCACUACAGCGGCACAUUACUCUCAAACAUUUCAACCGGCUGACAUCAACUUUACUGACGACAGUUUCAUCUGCAAUUCCACAGGACUUUCUGAAGUGGACCUAAGCGCUGACUUGGUGUUCCGGAAAUUGCAGCACUUAAGACUUGACACUUCUCCUGGCCCGGAUAUGGUUCAUCCUGCCAUUCUGAGGGAGGCAGCCUCAAUCCUGGCAACGCCGCUUAGCGUGAUGUUUUCACACUCGCUUAGCCGAGG